AUCGCAACGGGAAGUGGAAAGAUGAAUUGGGAGCAUGAGGUCAGUGAGGUUGAGGGCACGAUGGCGCACGAGGUAGGCAAGAUCGUGUAUAAUCGGACGAGUGGAAAGAGGACUGUAUUGACGAAUUCGAGCAUGGCUGUACCGUAUGAGGAGGAGGAAAACAAGACCGACGUGCUUGUUUUACCGGAUUGGAAGUUCGUGGAGGAGAUCAAGCCGGAGCAGGCAUCUGAUCUUGUCUCUCAUUUCGUCGACGAGCAGGCCGAGGCGGGAAAGGGGUUGAAGGUACGUGAUGCGGAGUGGGAUGCGAUCGUCCUGAUCUGCUCCCACCGCAAACGCGACAAACGCUGUGGUAUUACAGCCCCCUAUCUCCGCAACGAAUUCGAACGCUCCCUCCGCUCCCAUAACCUCUGGCGUGAUCCUGACGACUCGCGCCCCAACGGCGGAGUGGGAGUCUUCUUCGUCUCUCACAUCGGGGGUCACAAGUUCGCUGGAAACGUGAUUAUCUACCGGAAAGAGAAGGGAGAGGGAAUUUGGUAUGGGAAGGUUGAGCCGUGUCAUGUUGAGAGGAUCGUGGAGGAAACGGUUGUUAGUGGGAUGGUGUUUGAGGGGUUGUUGAGG